AUGUUUCCAAUCAAGAAGAGCACACACCGUGCAGAUCAUGGAGUUGUUUUCCCAGUUGAUUCCCUGGCUACAUGUAGCAUUGCUAUCCCCUGGCAGGAGUUUGGGAGAGAUUUUGGAGUUGUAGUUUCCUGGCAGAGAGGCAGAGCUAAGUCUCAGGGGACUCCUCUAGUAGUGAGUGACAAACAGUUUGUGUUCAAGAACUAUCAGUUCGUGUUGGCUUUGGCUUUUGCUAUUGAGGAGAUCAACAAAAACUCUGAUUUUUUAAGUAACUGGACCCUGGGAUUUGACGUCUAUGAUGUUCAAUUCAGAGAUUGGACAAUGCUUAAGAAUCCCUUCAUUUGGCUUUUUGGGAAGUACAAGAUUCCAAACUACUCCUGUAUGAAAGACAGCAGGUCUAUAGCAGUACUUACAGGACCAUUAGGAUUCACAUCUGACAAAAUUGAAACAUUGCUGGGACUCUACAGAUUUCCACAGCUUACCUUUGGGGCUUUUUCUCAUGCCUUGAGUGACCAUCACAAGUUUCCUGCUCUCUAUCAGAUGGCUCCAAAGGACACAUCGAUAGCCAUUGCCAUGGUCUCCUUACUGCUUCACUUCAACUGGAACUGGGUGGGACUAUUGAACUUAGAGGAUGAGAAUGGUUUGUGGUCUCUUCCUGAAUUGAAAGAAGAGAUGGCCAAGAACAGAUCUGACUGUGUGACAUGGGACAACUGUCCUCAUGAGGCCUCUUUGGAUUGGUUGCCUGGGCGUGUUUUUGACAUGACUAUGUCUGGACACAGUUACAAUAUAUACAAUGCUGUGUAUGCUGUGGCCAAGGCUCUCCAUGAGAUGCUUCUUCAUCAGACAGAAGUUCAAAUAAUGGGAAAUAGAAAAGGGACACUGCCUUCCCCUGCACAGUUGCUCCAUUUUCUGAAGAACAUCCAGUUUCACAAUUCUGUUGGACAUCAAGUGAUUUUGGAUGAGAAAAGUAAAUUAGGGCCAGACUAUGACAUUCUGAACAUUUGGAAUUUUCCAGAAGGUCUUGAACUUGAGGUGAGAGUAGGAAAGUUUUCUCCCAAUGCUCUACGCGGUAAUCAACUGUCUUUAUCUGAAGAUAUGGUAGAGUGGGGCACUGGAAAUACAGAGACUCCUCACUCUGUCUGCAGUAAGCCUUGUGGUCCUGGAUUUAGGAAAUCUCCUCAGGAAGGAAAGGCUGCCUGUUGCUUUAAUUGUACCCCUUGCCCACAGAAUGAGAUUGCUAAUAUGACAGAGAUGGAGCAUUGUGUGAAAUGUGCACAUCGUCAGUAUGCCAACGCAAAGAGAAAUCAGUGCCUCCAGAGAGAUGAAAGUUUCCUGGCUUUUGGAGAUCCUUUGGGCAUGGCUCUGGCCUGCAUGGGUAUUUGCUUCUCUAUGCUAACUGCUGCUGUUUUGGGGAUAUUUGUGAAACACCAAGAUACUGCCAUUGUCAAGGCCAAUAACCGGACUCUCAGCUACAUCUUGCUCAUCUCCCUCAUUUUCUGUUUCCUCUGUUCCUUACUCUUCAUUGGCCGUCCCAAAACAGUCACCUGCAUCCUGCAGCAGAUCACAUUUGGACUUGUCUUCACUGUGGCUGUUUCCACAGUGUUGGCCAAAACAGUGAUUGUGGUCCUGGCCUUCAAGUCCAUUUCUCCAGGGAGAACAAUGAGGGGGUUGUUGGUUUCAGGGGCUCCUAACCUCAUCAUCCCCAUCUGUACUCUCAUCCAGGUGACCCUCUGUGGACUUUGGCUGGGAACCUCUCCUCCCUUUGUGGACACAGAUGCACACUCUGAACAUGGCCACAUCAUCAUCCUGUGCAACAAGGGCUCCCUCACUGCAUUCUAUUGUGUCCUGGGAUACCUGGGCUCCCUGGCCCUGGCCAGCUUCACUGUAGCUUUUCUGGCCAGGAACCUGCCUGACACCUUCAACGAAGCUAAAUUCCUGACCUUCAGCAUGUUGGUGUUCUGCAGUGUGUGGCUCACCUUCCUGCCAGUCUACCACUGUGCCAAGGGGAAGGUCAUGGUGGCUGUGGAGGUCUUCUCCAUCUUGGCCUCUGGUGCAGGGCUCCUAGGCUGCAUUUUUGUCCCCAAAUGUUACAAUAUAUUGUUAAUGCCCAAUAGAAAUUCUCUGCAUGGCUUUAGAGAAAAAAGUCAACAUAGUAGGAAAAAUUAG